UGGGGUUGAGGGAAGUUUUGAAAGAGUUUAUUCAAUUUAAAUGUUGUCUGCGUACUAGAAAUGGUGUUCAUGUUUGAGAUUUUUGUUAAUUUUUGUUUUGAAGAACUCAAGCCUGCCUAGCCAGUGCCACUGUUAUGAUGUCUAUUCGAGUGGUAGGGUACUUUAUGUUGUCCAUGUCUAUUCUAAGUCAAUUGCGCCAACUGAUUUAGACAUGUGUUUGUCAUGUGGAUGAGUUUGGUUUGUUUGUUCCGUUAAUUCUAAAAUAGGUAAGUUGGUGAUUUGAUGUAUAUCUUUUGCAGAAAGCAAAUCAUUUAAAAUUCGCUUUGAGGGCUGUCAUGCUGAAUGUUGUUGCCAACCAGUGGAAUAGUAGGGAUGAAUUCUGUAAUGGAUGAUAUGGCUUUGAUUCAGCAAAGUCAGAGACAUAAUUUGGUUGUGAGAGAACUUGGUGAGGAGAUUGAUUUAGAAAUUGGACCUGGGGAUGAUGACCCUUCGUUUGGUAAUGCUACUCUAAUUGGUGCACCAAUGCGGGAAUCUUCCGCAGAAGAACAUGGUGAGAGCAAGCAGAUGGGGAUGGUUUCUCAACUUUCUAAUGAUGCUCAAGAUAUGUCCAAGAACCAGCAAGUGAAAAGGAAGAAAAAGGUUGUUAAAAGAUGGAGAGAAGAAUGGGCGGACACCUAUAAAUGGGCUUUUGUAGAUAUGAAGGAUGGGACACCUAGGAUUUUCUGCUCUGUCUGCAGGGAGUAUGGGCGAAAGCAUAGAAGAAAUCCUUAUGGGAAUGAGGGCAGUCGUAAUAUGCAAAUGAGUGCUCUGGAAGAACACAAUAACAGUUUGCUUCACAAAGAGGCUCUUCGUCUUCAAAUGGCCUCCAAAGAUAAAAUUGUGGUUGACAAGCCUGUUUACGUAAAAGGAUCAAUACUUGAAGCUACACUAAAAAGGGAUCCUCAUGAGUUUGAAUUCAUUCAGGCAGUCCAGGAAGCAGUUCAAGCCCUUGAAAGAGUCAUAGCAAAAAAUUCUCGAUAUGUUAAUAUAAUGGAGCGCUUGUUGGAACCUGAACGAAUGAUUGUUUUUCGAGUAUCAUGGGUGGAUGAUAGGGGUGAGACACAUGUAAAUCGAGGCUUUAGGGUACAAUUUAACCAGUCGAUGGGUCCAUGUAGGGGAGGUAUUCGUUUUCAUCCAUCAAUGAAUUUAAGUAUUGCCAAGUUCCUUGGUUUUGAACAGACUUUAAAGAAUGCCUUAUCGCCAUACAAAUUAGGAGGAGCAGCUGGUGGAAGUGACUUUGAUCCAAAAGGAAAAAGUGAUAAUGAGAUUAUGCGAUUUUGCCAAAGUUUCAUGAGUGAGAUGUAUCGCUACCUAGGGCCUGACAAGGAUCUUCCAUCAGAGGAAAUGGGUGUUGGUACUCGAGAAAUGGGAUAUCUUUUUGGACAGUAUAGACGUCUCGCUGGUCAUUUUCAGGGAAGUUUUACAGGGCCAAGGAUCUUUUGGUCUGGCUCCAGUCUUCGACCUGAAGCUACUGGCUAUGGACUGGUUUUCUUUGCGCAGAUCAUGCUUGCUGACAUGAAUAAAGAACUUAAAGGAUUAAGAUGUGUUGUGAGCGGCUCUGGAAAGAUUGCAAUGCAUGUUUUGGAGAAGCUAAUUGCUUAUGGUGCACUUCCCAUUUCAGUAUCAGAUUCCAGAGGAUAUUUGGUUGAUGAGGAUGGAUUUGACUACAUGAAAAUAUCAUUUCUGAGAGACAUCAAAGCUCAGCAAAGAAGUUUGCGAGACUAUUCAAAAACCUAUGCUCGGUCCAAAUAUUAUGAUGAAGCAAAACCGUGGAGUGAAAGGUGUGAUGUUGCAUUUGCUUGUGCUUCACAUAAUGAAAUUGAUCAAUCUGAUGCCAUUAACUUGGUUAAUUCAGGUUGUCGUAUACUUGUAGAAGGUUCAAACAUGCCUUGUACCCCUGACGCAGUUCAGAUUUUCAGAAAAGCUAGUGUUCUCAUUGCUCCUGCAAUGGCUGCUGGUGCUGGAGGGGUUGUAGCUGGAGAACUUGAACUGAAUCAUGAAUGCAGUUUGAUGCACUGGUCACCGGAGGACUUUGAAUCUAAAUUGCAGGAAGCAAUGAAACAGACUUAUCAGAGAGCUAUAAAAGCUGCAACUGACUUUGGUUAUCAAAAAGAAAGCCCUGAGGCUCUGGUGCAUGGAGCAGUCAUAUCUGCCUUUCUAACCAUUGCCCAAGCCAUGACUGAUCAAGGUUCUAUAUAGAAGUUUAUAUAGCAAUGUUUUGAAUGCAUCCAAAUAUUGAUGUUUGCGAUUGGCACCAUGGUUGAAAAUCUCCAUUUACGGAAUAGUCCAAAGCAUUGUUGAUUCUAGUGUCAAGUUGUCAAUGAUAGGUGACACUAUUGCCAAAGCAUGUUUCCUUGUAAAAUAUGUAAUCAAAUGUAAGAAAAAUUAGACUUAGAAAAGAAUUUAGAGGACAAAUUUUAGUUUAACAACCAGAAAAUGCAUAUUUAUUAUUGCCAUGUGAAAGGAGAAAUUGUCCUUGGCUAUUUAAAUCCGGCUUGAGAAAUAUUUGGAUAUUGAAAUUGAAAUAAAAGCAGAGAGUUUGAAAAUUGAAA